AUGGCCGACAUAUACAUCCGCGUGGCCGAGGAGGAGAACGAAGAGCCAAUGGAGAUCCCCUCUGAGGACGACGGGACGGUACUGCUGUCCUCGGUGGCUGCGCAGUUCCCCGGAGCUUGUGGCCUACGCUACCGUAACCCCGAGAGCCAGUGCAUGAGGGGGGUCCGCCUGGUUGAAGGGGUCCUGCACGCACCAGAGAACGACUGGGGGAGCCUGGUCUACGUGGUCAACUACCCUAAAGAUAAUAAAAGAAAGAUGGAAGAAAUAGAUGCUGCGUCAGCUGUGAAAGUCAAAAGAGGUUUUCAAAAGACCUCAGAUCUAAUUGUUCUUGGGUUGCCAUGGAAGACAUCAGAACAAGAUUUAAAGGACUACUUCAGCACCUUUGGAGAAGUUAUCAUGGUGCAGAUCAAAAGAGACACGGCCACUGGAAACUCUAAGGGCUUUGGUUUUGUCCGUUUCACUGACUAUGAAACACAAACUAAAGUUAUUGCUCAAAGACAUAUGAUCGAUGGGCGAUGGUGUGACUGCAAACUCCCCAACUCAAAGACUUCUCCUGAUGAACCCACACGGUGUAGAAAAAUCUUUGUGGGUCGCUGCACAGAUGACAUGACCCCUGAAGAGCUGAGGCAGUACUUCUCGCAGUUUGGAGAAGUCACUGACGUGUUCAUUCCAAAGCCUUUCAGAGCCUUUGCCUUUGUCACCUUUGCAGAUGACCAGGUUGCUCAGGCCUUGUGUGGGGAGGACUUGAUCAUCAAAGGAGUUAGCGUUCACAUCUCAAAUGCAGAGCCCAAACACGCCAAUAGGCCAAUGAUGGAUCGCGGUCGCUAUGGGGGAGCGGGUGGCUUCAAUAAGGGCUAUGGCAGUAACCGUGGUGGGAUGGGUGGUGGUAGUGGAGGGGUAAACUUUGGGGCUCUGGGUCUCCCCCCUGCUAUGGUGGCAGCUGCUCAGGCUGCAUUACAGAGCAGCUGGGGUGUGAUGGGCAUGUUGGCCAGUCAACAGGGCCUGACCACUACUGCUGGCUCUGCUGCUACCACACAGACCUAUAGCUCUGGCAGCACCAGCUUCAGCAACCCCAAUACGGCCUCCCUGGGCUGGACUGGGGCCACCAAUACACCUUCUGCAGGUAGCUUCAACUCAGGCUUCACCUCCAUGGACUCAAAGUCGUCUAACUGGGGAAUCUAG